AUGAAUCAAAUUCGAUUACAGCCCGACAACGUGCUUUCCUCGCUGGCAGUCGAUGGAUGGACCGAACGCGACUACAGCGAUGCAGAAACGUCACUGAUAAUUUGUUUAUCAGCGUCGAUAGUGUUGUGCUUGCUCGAAGGAUUACUCUUGCUCGUGCAACUACCAUCCCAAGCACGUGCACUCUCCGCACUCAUCAUCCACUUCAUCGCCUCAAUUUCCUUAUUCAAAUUCAUCAUCGAUGCACACCCAGUCCAUCACUUCUGGCUUGUAUUCAUCCUCUUUUCAGUGCCUUCACUACUCAUACAUCUUUCGUCUCUUCUUACCUACUCAAAUAUAACAACAUUAUUUCGAGUUUCCACCUUUCAAAAAUGA